AUGUUUUGCAGCCGUGCUUCGUCGGCAGCUGGUGUCGCGCGGCGUUCGGCCGUCGCUGCACAGAGGAACUUCGCAACAACAUCACCGGCGAGCGCUGUGUCUCGCGACCACAAAGUCGUAGUGGUCGGUGGCGGCUCAGCAGGUCUAUCCAUCAGCCACCAAUUGCUUCGAUCGGGCAGGUUUGUCCAGGAUGACAUUGCGAUCGUUGAUCCGGCCAAAUGGCACCACUACCAGCCCGGCUGGACUCUGGUCGGCGGCGGUCUCAAGAAGAAAGAAGAAUUGCGAAAGCCGAUGCAGAGCCUGAUCAGCCCCCGGUUCAAGUUUUACAAUGAAGCCGUGGGAUCUUUCUCCCCCGAAGCGAACCAGGUCACGCUGGCCAACGGCGACAGGCUCGGCUACGAGCAGCUCGUCGUUGUGCCUGGCAUCAGCGUCAACUUCGACAGCAUCGCGGGCCUGCGCCAGGCUCUGGACAACCCGGACUCUCUCGUCUCAUCCAUCUACGGCUACGACUACUGCGACAAGGUCUUCAGGACCAUCGACCGACUCGGCCAGGGCGAGGCCAUCUUCACUCAACCCGCCGGCGUGCUCAAAUGCGCAGGCGCUCCGCAGAAAGUCAUGUGGCUCGCACUGGACCACUGGAAGCGCAUCGGUCGGUACAAUGCCGACGACCGCGCCAACUCACCCAUCGAUAUCACUUUCGCCACGGGCCUGCCUACCAUGUUCGGCGUGCCCAAGUACAGCGCCAAGCUCGAGGAGCUGCGCAAGGAACGAGGCGUGGAGGGUCUGUUCCAGCACGACCUCGUCGCCAUCGAGGGUAACACGGCUGUCUUCGCUCGUCCCGACGGUCAGAACAAGGUCAAGAGACACUUUGACCUGCUACACGUCGUGCCCAAGAUGGGCCCCUAUACAUUCGUCAAGGAGAGUGCCUUGGCCGACGCGGCCGGUUUCGUCGAUGUCGACAACGGCACGACUCAGCACAAGAAAUACCCCAAUGUCUGGUCCGCCGGCGAUGCUUCUAGUCUACCCACCUCCAAGACGGCGGCGGCCGUCACGGCGGAAGCCCCGGUUCUCGUACACAACCUGCUGCAGUCAAUGGAGGGCAAGAAGCCCGACUCCAUUUACGAUGGAUAUACCUCGUGUCCGCUCCUGACCGAGUACGGAAAGGUCAUGCUUGCCGAGUUCAAGUACGGCGGUGUUCCCAAGGAGACAUUCGCGCGCUUCGGAAUCGACCAGGCUGUUCCUCAACGUCCGUUCUACUGGCUCAAGAGAGAAUUUUUCCCGUGGGUGUACUUCAACUACAUGGUGAAGGGUACUUGGGGUGGACCUAAGGGGUGGAUUAAAUAG